AUCCGCAACUGUAUCGCAGUGAACACAGCGUACUGGAAAAGCGAGCCAAAAAGCCAAACACUACCAAAAGAAAAAAAAAUAAAAGAAAUUCAUUUUGUAUCCAAUAAGUCUCUUGUUUUUCUCUCUCUAAAGGUUUGAUGUUUGAUUACUUAGUCGCUUAAACUUCCUAUACUUUUGUCACUUCUUAUCACUUUGAUUCCAAAACUGAGGCAACUCGGUCAUCAGUCAUCACGCACACAAUCCUAUGUUUGUGUAUUUGAGUUGCAUGUGGUGGGUUUUCCAUGGAAACAGAGGUUGCAGUUGAGGGGAAUGAGGAAGGGAAGUUCAAAGAAGCUGGGGUCGCGAAAAGUUACUCUUCUUUGUCUUCAACCAAGCAGCUCAGUGAUCCCAUUGUAUACAAGCUUGUUCGGGUGGAAGGAGAUGGGAGAUUGGUGCCUGCAACAGAUGAUGAAGUUAUGGAAGUUGAGAGUUUGCUACUAGAUGAGAAAAGUAAAAUGCAUAUUGUUGCAGACACUGGGCAGGCUGUAGGCUGUAUUUCCAAUGAUCAAUCUUCUUCUGGCAUGCUGCUUCAGUUGGAUGCCUCAGAAGGUCUUCUGCAAACUGAGAACGCAGAGGUUGAUCCUGAUAAAUUCAGUGCACGGCUUGAGUACAUUGAGGAGAUGUUGCAAAAGGUGAAAGAGGAAGAGAAGCUUCGCUUAGCAUGUGGAUCUCCUGAAUAUUCUUCUGCUUAUGUGAUUGUAGACAACCAGUGUUCUGAUCAGCAUGAUAAAUUGCCUGGUAUUGAUGAGAAGCUCCAAUCUAAAAUUCCCUUGCAGGAAAAUGUCCCUUCCUCAGCAUCAAGUUUGAGUAAGAGCCAUGUGCAUCGAUCUGGGAGCUUUGGGGACUGCUCAAAUCCUUCAGCAAAACUGACAGAAGCUGGAUCUUUGAUUUCUGCCACAGCUACCACGUCAAUACCUGAUUUUUCCAAGUUAAAGGGAGAGAUUUGCUUGGAUAAUUUGUCAAUAAAAGAACUUCAUGAAACUUUUAAAGCAACAUUUGGGCGAGACACUACUGUGAAGGAUAAACAAUGGCUUAAGAGAAGGAUUACCAUGGGAUUAACUAAUUCUUGUGAUGUUUCAGCAACAACUUUCAUAAUUAAAGACAAUAAAUUGGUUAAGAAAGGCAAAGAAGGUUUUGAUAAUGUUAAUAGUGCCUUUGCUAAUGAUCCAGCUCUAGGUACAAUGGAUGCCAAUGAGGAAGGGUCACCAAUUAACUAUGGUAGCCAACUGGAAGAUCAUCAAGUUGUUUCUCUGAAGAGAAGCUUAAGCAUAGGUGAGAAUUCUGGAAGCGAAGAUCAUAAUAUAGAACAAAGAGCUGCCAAACGAGUUCGGAAACCUACAAGGCGUUACAUUGAAGAACUUUCAGAAGUAGAAUCCAAGGAGUCCUCUGGGCGAAUAAGGACUUCAUUAAAAAAUCCUGGACUAGGACAGAUGUCAUCAAAUUCUCAUGGUAGGCUUGUCAGAAAUGUCUCGUCAGAUGGGAGAACCAUGAUCACAAGGUUGGAUUCUCUUGGAGGAUCUGGCAUUCACAUUCCAUGCGUUUCUCGGGUUCGAAGAAGCCGUCCAAGGAAAAAUUUCAUGGCUCUUCUGAAAUUUAAUCCAAGUAGCAUGGGCAUGACAGCUAAACUGGUUAAGAAGGCACUUGGUGCACGUAGUUUUUUAACAGACGACGAGAAUGGGGAAAAAGUAAUAAAAGCUUCAUCAGCUCCCUCACAGGUUCUGCACCAGUGUAUAGGCGUACAGGGCAAAGAUAGACCAGUCCCGACUAUGGAAGCAGUUGAACUUGAGCAUUCUAAGGUGCUGAAACCGGUGGAUUCAUCUGGGGAUUCAGAUGAUAAUGUAGUUACUGUGCCCACUUCGAAGGGUGGGAUUAGAAGGAAACAUCAUCGAGCUUGGACUCUCUCUGAGGUUAUGAAGCUAGUUGAGGGUGUAUCUAGGUAUGGGGCUGGAAGGUGGUCUGAGAUUAAGAGGCUAGCAUUUGCAUCCUAUUCAUAUCGCACUUCUGUUGAUCUCAAGGACAAAUGGAGGAAUUUACUGAAAGCUAGCUUCGCACAGAUACCGUCAGAUAGAGGGAUAAACUCCCGAAAAACUGCCGGUACGAUGCCGAUUCCUGAACCAAUAUUAUUGAGAGUCAGAGAGCUGGCUGAGAUGCAGUCACAGGUUCCACCGAAUAUAAGCUCAAGCAAGGUGGCCGGAAAUACUGGAAGUAGUGUACAUGAAAAGCAAUCAGGGUUCUUGUAGCAUUGUAACUACUAGAUUUUAGUUGUAUAAAUAACAAAUAAACACAGAUAAUUCUGUCCACUGUUUGAAAUUUGUUGUUGCCUUUCUAUGGUGGGGUCAAGGGCAGAGUUGACAUCAAAAGACACCACCGCAGUAGUCAGUAGUCAGAAUACACUUCAUAACACGGUUUAAAGACCCUAAUUUGAGAAACUAUAGAGGCUUUGACAAAAUAGAGUGAAAUUUAGAUGGAAAAAAGAUACUGCAAAUUCCUUGAUUUGUGGGAUAGUUUGAGAUGA